CUUCCUUCCCUUAUAGCGAACUAGUGUCACGAAAACACCGGUUACAUCUUUUUUACGGGAGUGUGUCUCACUAGAAUGGCGCUUACAGUCAUCUACGGAAAGCAUUUGCUAUUUGCCAGCCUCUUGCUGAUGAUUGCCAUUGAUUUUCCCUUCAAAGCAGGAGGCUCCUCAAAAGAAAUUACCGGAAACUGUAAUUUUGAUGAGAAAACGUUCUGCUGCUGGUCCAAUGAAAGAUACACCGACCAUUUUGAUUGGGUACUUGGACGAGGAAGUUCUCCAAGCUCUAACACUGGACCAAUCACUGAUUAUUCAGAAAAUGGCUCGUACAUCUACAUUCAAACGUCAUCUCCUCGGAAGUACAACGAGAAGGCCAGAUUCAAUAGCCCGUGGUUGAAUGGUCCACUGCGGUUGACAUUUUUCUACUCCAUGUACGGCAGCACCAUUGAGACUCUAUCUGUAUAUCUUAGAGUCAAUGGGAGUGAGUCCAGAAUAUGGAGUCGUCAUGGGAACCGCUCGUCACGCGAUUGGAUCAAAGGCUGCGUGGCUAUAACCUACGAUGGCACUUAUCAGGUAGUAAUAGAGGGCGUUGCAGGUGUGACUUCUACAUCAAGCAUUGCAGUUGAUGAGCUCCAUUUCAGUGAGAACCUAACAUGUGUUUCAGAUGGUAACACUACUCCAUAUGAAUUGUUUAAAGUGAACUGCACCUUCAAUGAGAGUUUUUGUGGAUGGCGAAACCUUUUCGCACCUUUGGAUCAAAUCGACUGGAGAAGAGGAUCAAAAAGCUCAAGUGAACAAAUUGAAGCGAGCGUUGAUCACACUGGAGGAGGAAAUUACAUUUACAUCGAAGAAUUACAACCUGAAAAAGUAAAUCAAGCCGCUCAGUUAUCGAGUCCAUUCAUUCGAGGACCAAAAUGUUUCCGCUUUUCUUAUCGCUUGUCUGGGCGUGAUGUGGGAAGACUGGAUAUCUUGCUUCAAGUUCGAGGGCAACAAGGAUAUUAUUCGAUGUGGCAAAGGUCGGGAGAUCAGGGAAGUCAGUGGAUAAAGGCUAGCGUCGAUAUCGGUUAUUCCGAUGAGUGUCAGAUUGUCCUGCAAGCAACAGUUGGCAAAAACUACACAAGUCGUAUAGCCGUCUGUUACGUCAACUUAGUUGAUGGACUUUGCCAUGAUGAGAGGGACUUUAACACCAGCGGACAAGGGAAUUGUAAUUUCGAACGUAACUUUUGCUUUUGGAGGAGCGAUUUAAAUUUUAUCUUCACAUGGAGAAGGAGAAAGGACAGGACACCAAGCUAUAGGACUGGACCCACCAGGGACCAUACUUCAGGAUCUGGCUACUACAUUUAUAUUGAAACAUCGCGACCCAGAAAGAUGGGAGACACUGCAAGACUGACGAGUCCGUGGUUGCGAGGACUGCAUUGCAUGAUGUUCUACUACUAUAUGUAUGGCUCUUCCAUGGGAUGUGUUGUUAUGUAUAUUAGAAGACAGGCUGCAGACAGGUUACAACCGCUUUGGUUUAAGUCGAAGAAUCAAGGAAAGGGUUGGAAACAAGGGCAAGUUAGCAUUAACGACACUUCAAGUUAUCAGAUAAUCAUUGAUGGUAUUACAGGUACAAGCUAUCGUGGAGACGCAGCUCUGGACGACUUCACGUUUCAACAAGGACCUUGUGGGCAAUCGAGUACGACAAAAUCAACAUCCUCUUUCGAUUUUGUAGGAAAUUAUUUGCGCCCAUGAUAACGGUGUAUAAUAAAUUUUUGA